AUGGGAUAUUCCGAAGCGAAACCUCGCAAAUCUAUUCGUUCAUCAAUCGAAACAAAUGUAUCAGCUAAAAAGUUAAAGGUGACCAAAAACGGAAAAAAAUUCUACCGGUCAAAUAUAACGCUUUGCGUUAUUGUAUUUCUUAUGGCAGUAACAGCUGGUUAUUUGCAUUGGUAUCAUGUUUCAAAUCUUCAUGAAAAUGAUCUUUUCUUUUCUCAUUUGUCUAAUAUGGAACGAGAAAUGACAUUUAGGACUGAAAUGGGAUUUUAUUACUCCUACUUCAAACAGAUUGUUUUGGCACCAACUUUUGUGGAUGGAUUCAAUUCAUUGCUUAAUGACACUCGAACAGAGUAUCCAGCUUGCUUAAAUCUAACUGGUAAUACAGAUAUUCAACAAGAUAGUUCAUGUCCAAGCCUUAAUGCUAUUGAACGAUUUAAUUUAUAUCCUGAGUUGUUGUUAGCUGGUGCUUAUAGAUUUUUGAAAUCAUUUGGUUUGCUUAAAAGUUACUGUUUUCAAGUUAAAAGGGAUCCACCGAUUGAUUCUAUUGCAAUUGCUGUGGAUCAUAAUGUUUUGAAGAAUUCUUCACAACUUAGAAGGUUAGAUGCGUUACCGACUAAUCACCUAAAGAUUACCGGUAAAUCUAUAAUAAGCUGUGAUGGAUCUGGAGAACUACCCUACUUUUAUGUGAAUACAGUUUUUAUUUUGUCCGGUUUGAUACUUUUCAGUCUAACGUAUUCUGGUUGGUUAGUUGCGAGAAUUGGGAGCCACAAUCGAUCUAGAACUGAGCUAUUAAUUCCGCUUUUCGGUGCAUUUUUACCAGUUUUAGCAUACUUUUCUAAUCAUAGAGAGGCCACACGCGUUCAAUGGACUCCACCAUUGAGAGAAAACUUCGCCUAUCCAUUCUUUGUACUUCAACAAUCAUUUCUAUUUGGUCAAUUUGGAUCUUAUGAGAUGCUACCUUCAAGUCGAAUACGAAGCUUCAUUUCUUCCGUAUUGUACUGCAUUGUUCUGCUAAGUUUUCAACUUCCAUGGCAAUUCGCUCAAUUCACUUUACUUACUCAAAUUGUAUCCAUUAUUUGUUCCUUCUGUUUGACACUAUCAUCAAUGCCACCUAACGAUGUAGAAAAGAAAUCGAUUAUUUUAAACCUUUUGUCAAAAGUUAAACGAAUACUUUGGAUGCAUUUAGUCGUUUUCAGUGUAUCCUAUAUACUACAAUAUGGUAAUCGUUUACUUCUUCAAUCUGGCUAUUUAUUCUGUCUACUUAGCGGUUUAUUCACUAUGUAUAUACUUCAGCGGAUGGUAGAAACCUUCAACUCGAUGGUGAAUAAGGAGAAUGAAUUUUCCACAUUUUCAUCAAUAAUCCAUAUUCCUUUUAUACGUUUUCUGUGCUUACCGGUAAUAAUUAACUGCAUAUCAGUAUUUGGAUUAAGCGUUGUGUUCUCAAUCUUUUUGAGUUAUAAAACAUUUCAUACAAUGUUGUAUGUAUGUGCACCUGAAUUCGAUUUCAUCACUUGGGCCGCUCUGAAACAACCAUUUGAAACUGGCCUCCUCUGUGGUUCUAUAUUGGUUUGCCUAAUUGUCUGUUUUAAACCAAUCAAAAAUUUGUUCAGUCCUCAUGAUUCUUCUACUUCUGUGCACACUCGGUUACUUGAUACUGAUAAUCAUCUAUAUUAUGGUUACUCAUUUAGCAUAUUUAGGGAGUUCGUUUCGUUUUUAGUCGUUUCACAGAUGCUCGCUUUCACAGUUAUGGCUGUUUUAAUAAUGCGAUUGAAAUUAUUCUGGACGCCACAAAUGUGCCUUUCACUUGCUAUAUUGGCUCAGUCUACCCGAUGGUUUGAAAUAUUUCACACAUUAAGAAGUUUUUUUGGUCGUAUUUUCCGUGAACAGCCUUCAAAUAACUUCCGUAAAUCUGAUAACAAAGUAAAUGGUCAGUCGGGACUAGUAUACGUCAUCUAUACAGUACUAGUAAUGUUUAUAGCAUUUAUGGGUGGACGUGGUUUGAAAAUAUCAAGUCUGAAUGGAACAUACAGGGCUCAUUCAGUGCUUAUGAAAAUGAAGUAUUAA